GGGUGACCGUCACGUCAACCCUGCACUGCAGGCCUGGUCAUUCGCUGCACUCGCCACACACACACUGCUACCCGCAAGCUAUUACAUUUAUGGUACAUAGCCAUGGCCAUCUCUGACCUCUCCGGCCCCGAGGACGGUUUCAUUUUUCAGACUACAGCAAAGACAUCACCACCGUUUUGCACUGCGAUCUGGAAUUAUUACAGAGGUGUUCGUCACAGGGUGCAGUUUGUGAAAACUCUUUUCUGCUGAAAUCAUUGUCGGGUUGGUGCCGGGCUGAUGAGUAGAUGAUGAUGGAAGAAGGUUCGAGGAGAAAAAUGUCGCACAUCCCAGCUCUGCUGUUGUCGCUAUGUUGCUGUAUGUGGCAGGCACCUGUAACCGAGGCAUACUUGUCAGGAGCUUCAUCAGGUAUCACACAGACUGUACCAGUUUCAGUCCUUGAAGAUGUUCCUCUGGGCACCAGUGUUUAUCAAGUUGAGACUGACCAACCAGCCCGGUCAUUUCGGAUAGUCAGUCAGAAGAGCUACGGCGUGGAGGUGACGAAGGCAGUGUUUGAGAUCAACAGCUGCUCUGGUGAGAUCACCAGCAGCCAAGCUCUAGAUAGAGAAACCACUGCUGAGUAUCAUAUCACGGUCGGUGUUCAACUAGCCGGAACAAAUUCCUCCAGCCAACAGCAAACUGGUCAGCAAAGCUAUCUCUUGACCUUGCACAUAACUGUGCUGGACGUGAAUGAUAACGCUCCGUAUUGCAAUGCGAAUGGCUCAUUCUCCAGCUCUGUGCCGCUCAAUACUGCAGUGGGCGAUCAAAUUCAGUUUCGUUUCGAUACCCUGUGCAUUGACGCAGACAUGCCGGACACAAAUCACAGCAAGCUAGAGUGGGAGCUAUUGGACAGCAAUCACAAGAACACUCUCUUCUGUAUAGAUCAGCUGUCGGGUGGUAUUGUGCUGUGCCGGGCAUUGAACUCAACUCUACUUGGUAGCAUGAUCUCUCUACAAGUGUUGGUUAGUGACUGGGGUAUGCCUAGCCUUUCCACCACUGUCCAACUGGAUGUCGUCAUUACACAGGCAAACUGGCACUCACCUGUGUUCAACACAUCCAUGCUGCACUUUACCGUGCAUGAAGAUGUAAUGCCGGGAACAGUGGUAGGAGCGGUCCGGGCAGCUGAUGCUGACAAUGGCCAGCAAUCUCAAGUCAUGUACAGUUUGCAGGCUAGUGAUAAAUUCCAGCUGGACACCUACAGCGGAGCACUGACCGUGACGGGUACUCUUGACUAUGAACAUCAGUUCCAGCACAGACUAGAAGUGACAGCAACGGAUUCAGCUCGGGUCGGUGCACGGCUAUCAACUAUAGCUGAGAUUGUUCUGGACGUGCUGAAUGUGAACGAGCCACCAACACUUGAAUAUAGACCAGCUAGCAUACGCAUCGGCGAGGAUAGUCCCGAGGGUACGAAUCUUGCCACUCUCGUCUGCACAGAUCCUGAAGAUGACAUAGCCAAUCUUACGAUCAACGUCCCCACUGGUGUUGUGUCCUACAACAACACAGACUCUCAGCUGAAGCUAGCUACAGCUGUAGAUGCUGAAACCGUCCACAGUUUGAGUGUAAGAGUUGUAUGCCGUGAUCAGGGAGAGCCGAGUCUGAACGAUACACUGCAUAUCACAAUCACCGUAAACGAUGUCAAUGAGCACACUCCACAGUUUUCAACCGUGAACAGGUACAGGUUCGUCGUGGCGGAAAACGUAUCCGCUGGGUCUGCUCUAGGCAAAGUACAUGCCUCGGACGCCGACAGGCCGCCAUCAAACAACAUCACCUACGCGCUAAGCUCAUGUUCCGCCGGUCCCGUGCAGUGUUCAGUAUUCCAGCUCUCCAACUGCACUGGUGUUUUGAGCAUUCAAGACUCUCUGGACUAUGAGAAGGUAUCAGAGUAUCACCUAGUAGUGGCAGCAUACGAUAGUGGACAGCCGUCUCGCCAUAGCACUGUGCCAGUGGAUAUCGUGCUUCUGGAUGUCAACGAUAAUGCACCUGAGUUCCGAAAACUGCACUAUGAGCAGACGGUUAUGAGCAGCACCUCAAUCGGAACAAGUAUCUUGUUUGUGUCGGCGCACGAUGAGGACGCAAUAGACGAAAAUAACCUACGCUAUGCACUGCUGCAGGGAAUCUCUGCAUUUCGGAUCAAUGCAACAACUGGUUUGGUGACAUCAGCAGCAGCAGCACUAAAUGACACGCAGUACAACAUCAUAGCCGUGUGCUAUGACAGUGCGUCGCAGAGUCCAGGUCACAUGACCCAGGUCAACAUCACUAUUAAUGUGGUGGAUACUAUUCAGAAUCUAGCGGCACCCAACGUCAGAGAUACAACUAUCACAGUCAGAGUGGCAGAGAACACUAACCUAGAUUCCAUUCUCUACACUAUUCAAGCAAGCGACAAGGACCCCGGUGCUGCUGGUGAGAUCCUGUACGAACUACUAAACUGUUCGGCUAACUGUGAGAAUGUGAUGGAAUUGGAUCCCUUGACAGGUGAGCUACGGUUACACGGACAACUGGAUUAUGAAGACACACCGGAGUACGUAUUGCUCAUCAGGAUAAAAGACAACGGCAAGGCGAUUGGCUUGCAAGAAAAGUCCACACUGCUGCUACUCAGGUUGCUCAUUGUGGACUACACAGAGGCGUACUUUGUGGAAGAUCUCUACUCAUUCAAUGCCUUGGAGGGAUCCACAAAUGUUGGCAAGUUGGUUGGCAAGGUAGAAUGUAUGGACAGAGACGCUAAUAGUACAAUCUCAUCCCAAUACAGCAUUGACCGAGGUAGUGUUGCUGCCGUCUAUCCGUUCAACAUCACACCAACUGGAGAGCUCUACACAACACAGGAACUGGACUAUGACAACAAAACAGCAACAAGACUGUAUGAGUUGACCAUCAUCUGUGCAGUGGGGUCAAGCUCAGCUCAGACAGUCGUUGUCAUCCAUGUUGAACCCGUAAAUGAGUUCAGGCCGUGUCCGGACCUCCAGUCGUCCAAACGGACAAAGUACUUAAGCCUUCGAACAUAUAACCAUAUGGUUUUCCUUGUCCAUGAGAACGAACAAGCAGGGGUCCAGUUAGCAAGGCCAAUAUUCACGGAUGCUGAUAGCCCAGACACAGGCGAUGGACAGUUGACAUUUGAGCUAAAACCACUGGUGAAUAUGUCCACAAACCCGCUCGGUAUAGACCCAGUUCUUGGCACAAUCUAUCUGACACAAACAAUCAAAUGGACUUGGGAGGGACGGAUCCUUCCAUAUACGCUGAUCACGAAGGACCAAAGCGGCGCUUUGUACAACACGCGUAUUAAUAUGCUCAUCAUUGACACGAACAACAAGAUUCCCAAAUUCAAUAUCUCCUCUCCAGUGCGUGUGAGUAUAGAUGAGUCAGCUGCACAGGUUGGUGAUCAACUACUUGCUGUGGAAUGUGCUGAUGAUGACUACAGUCUGCUGAAGGGUGGUCAGGUGAUGAUCCAUCUCUCCACAGACAAUGGUGCAAUGCAUCUGUUUAGACUGGACAGCAUCAACUGGCAUCCGCACAGCAGUGCCAUCUCCAUACUACGACUCAACAGGCGCGUACUGAAUGAGACUGUGAACCAUCACAACGUCACGCUGGUAUGUGGCGACUUGGCAGAACCGUACCACACUGUCCAACUGAACAUCGCCGUUGACAUCAUCCGACACAAUCACCAUGCACCGGUUUUCCAGCACCCGUCCUACAUGGCAUCAAUCAGAGAGAACGCCUCCAUUGGUAGCAGUGUGUUAGCAGUGAGUGCCAGUGACAUGGACCGAGGAAGUCAUGACGUCAUCGCAUACAGUAUAGACAACACAACACGCAUGUUCCACAUUGACCAACACACUGGACUGGUAUCCGUAGCACGACCACUGGAUCGGGAACGCCAAGCGGUGUACGAAUUCUACGUCACAGCUGCGGAUGGACACGGGGGAAAUUCCUCUGCGUUGGUCACAGUCAUACUUGAAGACGUCGAUGACAACAAGCCAUCAUUCAAGUCACCACUGUACACAGCCAGUAUUCUGUCCAGCGCUGACGUAGGAUUUAUUGUACUGGCUAUGCAGGAUGUUGAUCUUGAUCUACCAGAGAACGCACAUACUAGAUACACAUUGCAGUCAAACCAGACACUGUUCUCUGUCAACGCAUCCAUCAAUGCCAUUCAAGUGAACAGUACUGCACUGCCACAGUUCAAUACAACUGUUUCAUUUGGAAUACAACUAGCCGAUGAUCACUAUCCAGGUCUGACUGAUACGGCAAUGAUCUCUGUCCAGAUUGUCCAGCAGCAGGCAGUGAAGGAACAUACUCAGCAGUUUACAUCAUCCGUGUACACAGUGAACAUGAAUGAGACAGUCACAAUCCAACGUAAGCCGGUUCCUGUCAUCUCUCUAUCCACUGUGGACGAUAGUGCUGGCAGUGGUAGCGGUGGCAGUGAAGAUACCCGCACUGAAUCAGAUGUGCACUAUCUACUCGUUGACCCGUACCGACUAUUCACAAUCAACCAUACAACGGGUGAGGUACUUCUGACCGGGCCACUGGACUAUGAACAGAGAACACAGUACACGCUGUACGUGCAAAUGUAUUCCCAGUCAACAGUGUCUCCAGCUCAGCAGUGGCUAGCCUUGCGCACCCAGAGUAUACUGUAUGUGAAUAUCAUUGACGUGAAUGACAACUACCCGGUGCCUGAAGCACACCUAUACAAGGUGAUUGUUAGCUGGGAUGAUCCCGUCGGCAAGGCAUUGACCACAGUACAAUGUACAGACUCGGACUCAGGCGACAAUUCCAGAAUCAGCUACAGCGUUGCAAGCCAGCCAUCUCCUCCACCGAUUGCCGUCGACGGCACAAGUGGUGUGGUGACGCUAGCCACAGCCAUGAAUCAAUCUCUUGUACCGUCAAUAGCAAUACAGAUGUGGUGUUCUGAUCAUGGCCAACCACCUAAAGUGGCACACUUCACUUUUCAGUUGGCUACCCGGGCUGUUAACCAUCACACACCACAGUUUAGUAGUGCUGUGCUGUAUAUCACAGUACAAGAGACCACUGCUGUCGGCCAGUCGGUGGCACCGCUCAACGCUACUACACUGCUUGCUACUGAUCCCGAUCCCGGCAGAUCCGGUCUGAUAUCGUACUCUGUGAGCGGUGGAACUGGCACCCAGCACUUUGACCUGAAAGCAAACGGCUCGUUGACAGUAUUGCGAGCGCUGGAUCGUGAGACAACUGCCCAAUACACGUUAAACAUACAAGCAGCUGAUGCAGGAACUCCACCGAAGUCUUCAACCGCAGUUGUAAUUAUCACCAUCAGCGAUGCCAAUGACAACACACCAACAUGUAUACAACAAGCAAUGGUUAACAUCCAGGAACUUGCUCCCGCUGGCACCACGGUAGCCACAAUGUCAUGCUCAGAUGACGAUGCAAGUGGUAACAAUCGCUUACACUUUGCCCUAACCGCUUGGCCAGCUCAAAACCUAUUCACUGUGGGAUCGUCAAGUGGUAUUGUUUAUUUACAGGAAGCACCAAGACAGCAAGAGCGUGGCCGCUAUGCCUUGACUGUGCGUGUAUCGGAUAAUGGCAACAGGUCGACUGUACAAACAUUUACAGUGAAUAUUGUUGGAAAGCCUCCAGUCUUCAUGGUGAGCACUGGGAAUCACACCAUGAAAAGCAGCGCCGGUAUUCAGUACACUGCUGAGGUCACAACUAACCUGCAUACAUUCAGCAAUGGCAAGGCAAUCAACACUAGCUUGCUCUCCUUGCACGCAAGCGAUCCAGGUUUCCCAGAACGAACGGGAAAUCUCUAUUACAGGCUGGUUGCCGAUGCCAACAAUUUCUCGUCGUUAUUCCGCUUGGAUGGAUGCAGUGGCAGCCUGGGUGUGUCACCGCAUGCUUUCUUUGAUCAGUUCCUUGUCUACAACCUCACAGUGACAGCAACAAUCCGUGGACAGCCGAAUCUAUCCACUAAUGUGAGAGUAAGUGUGAGAAUUAUUGCUGAGAGUCCAACUACCCAGCCACCGACUACCCAGCUGGCAACCACGAUACCAACCACCAUCCCUCCAACAACCACGAUACCAACCACUCUCCCUCCAACAACCACCACACCAACCACUAUCACUCCAACAACCACCACACCAACCACUCUCCCUCCAACAACUACUCUCCCUCCAAUAACCACCACACCAACCACUUUCCCUCCAACAACCACCACACCAACCACUCUCCCUCCAACAACCAUCAUACCAACCACUCUCCCUCCAACAACCACUCUCCCCCCAAUAACCACCACACCAACCACUCUCCCUCCAACAACCACCACACCAACCACUCUCCCUCCAAUAACCACCACACCAACCACUCUCCCUCCAACAACCACCACGCCAACCACUCUGCCUCCAAUAACCACCACACCAACCACUCUCCCUCCAACAACCACCACACCAACCACUCUCCCUCCGACAACCACCACACCAACCACUCUCCCUCCAACAACCACCACACCAACCACUCUCCCUCCAACAACCCCCACACCAACCACUCUCCCUCCAACAACCACUAUACCAACUACUCUCCCUCUAACACCUACUAUUCCAUCCACUACCGCUUCCCUAACCGCCUCGCCAACCUCUUCGCCUGGAAUCACAACCAUACCUACUCCUCCGCAGCCCACAACAUCAAUUCUGCUCACUACCCCUCUACCACCAGUGUGGAUGACAACAGAAUCAACACAAACAACUAUUCCUCUAGGAUCCAGUUCAACAAAGCAGCAUGUGCAGAAAACAGGCCCAUCAUCUCCAGUUCUUCCCUCAGCAGAUUCUGCAACACGGCUGUCAACUCCAUCACCAACUUCUACCCAUCCAGAAACAAUCCUUCCCCUAAGCACGCAACAGCAGACCAACGAGAUGCCAGGAACAAGUAUGGCCACAUCAGCGGCCGGUCAAUCGCGAACUAGACAAUCCAACCCAUCGCUAACUGGUCAACAAGGCUCAAGCAGCAUAGCUAUUAGCACCAAGCAGCAGCAUGCCACGAGCACACACCAAGUUGAUCGUGCAGCAACAACACAAGCAGUAGAGAUUACACCGACCCAUGAUGUGGCAGUGAACACCGAGGAAACACCAACUCAUGAUGUGGAGACCACUGCUAAAGAUACAGAUGGAUCAAUAACACGCCAUGGAGAUGAAACUGAAGAGACUCACACUAUCAGUGAUGACCCCACCACACAAUCAGAGGAAGACACGGAUCAAACCGGUAGAGCUGAUGCGAUGUCAGAUGAAAACGUGACAGUGUGGGUGAUCAGCGGAGGAGUUCCGGGUGCAGCCAUCCUGAUACUCGUGGUUGUAGUCAUUGUCCUGCGGCAACGCCAGGUUUGCAUGUACAGUAAGAAAAGCAGAGCCUACAGCGAACAACUGCACCAGGAACGUAUUCGCGAUGGGCACGGCCAUGAACGCUACUCAGAGGCACUUGGUCUGGUGAAGCUGACGGAGAACAAUGGCGAGUUUGCCUUCACUGGGCCCACGUCGUUGAAAGCGAACAUGGCGGCAGAAGAAGAAGAAGAGGAUAAUGUGGAUGACGCCUUUACGUCCCCAUCAUCAGUGCAGGUGGGAGAGGAUAUGACGUACAUUGCACUGGCCAAUGCACCAUCGUCACAGCGCAACUCCCAUGCCUCCACCAUCAUACCCAACGGAAGUUGCUCCGUGCUGCCGGAAGACUUGGCACUACCAUUCAAAGCAACGAGUGAGUGUAGUCCGUACAACACUAUGCUGAACUCAACACACUCUCAGUCUGCUGAGGCUCAGACCUAUGCACAGAGGAACAACUCUAGGAAGCACGAAAGACCAGUGACGGUGUCACCGGCAUCAGCACUGUACAUGGAUGAGCUCAGUCAAACAGCACUGCCUGCUAAACCACGCAGCAGAUACUCAUUCUCCGAUGACCUGCUGCGUUACCCCAGGAACCGAAACUCAUAUGUAAGUGAACCCAUCACUAGGCAGCCGAGAGGCAGGAAUUCCUAUGCAGGCAGUACAACUACACCAUCAUUGGUCAUGGCACCGUUGUCUGCGGUUAUCAUGAGAGAGUACACGUCGACCUUGAAUAGCGACCAAUCAGCGUCCAUACACGUGAACCCCGAAGCAGUGCCGGAGUCACCGCCUGCAUCACCAGUACACUGGCACAGUCCACCGCGCCCAUCACCCAACUUAUCCUCUUCACCAGCCAGCAGUAGCCUAAGUGAUUUAGGACAACUUGACACGGACAUUGAUCUUGCUAGAUAUCUGAAUCAACCCACCCUGCAAGGUGAACAUGUCGGCCACUCGCUUCCUGGCAAUGUUCAACUGCAAUUCCACUCGCAGGCUGAUGGCCAAGACCCUGAAAACACUCCAAGCUUGAACAGUGAUGAAUUCCCGGAGCCACCAGCAAUGACUGAGGAUGAUGAACACAGCGAUGCUGCUAUAUCCUCGCUCAGUGACUCUGGUAGCGUGUCACCAAUCCCCCCGACAACACCAGCACGGAGUACAUCGGUACGCUUCUCUGACGUCGAGUUCAUUCGUAUUUCACCAAUACUGCAACGGGCCGCAGAAUAAUUCAAUGAUAGUUCAGACUCGGGAACAUCUGUAGUACUUCUGUGAUGUCAUUUUCAAUCAUGCUUGAUGAUAUUGUUGAGAAUAUUGUGCUGUUUGCAUUAUGCAUGUCUGAGCUGCAGUGAGUGAGAGAUCAUGGGCACAGAGCAGACAAUGAUCCAUCAUGCAUUUAAAAAACACUACUAAUGUUAUAGACACAAGAUAGCUUCAAACAAUAAUCCCCAUAUUGCUGCCAACCGCAUCAUUGAAUACAAAGUUAUCAUACUUGUAAAUAUAUCCCUGAAGCCCGCAAGCAUGACCUUUUCCAGAUUGUUGCGAGAUGUCCUACUUCCAAUUUACAUGACUUUAUGUUGAUCCAUAUUUACUUGAUUGCUCUUCUACCAUUGUGGAGCCUACUAGUAGUUGUACCGAACGGCAGCUUUGUUCCAGUUGAAAUGUGCCAAACUGCCAAUACUUCACUGAAUACUUCCAUAAGUUGCCAGUCUAAUGUUAUACUGUACUUCAAAUCAAUAUACCUGCAGCUGUA